AUGUUCUUUAUUGCAUGGGAUGAACUUGCUCAAUCGAAAACAAAUUCUUGUGUUCCAUCUUUUAGACGUUCAGUUCUUAACCCGAGACGCCCACCAGUCAUGAACACCUUCGACAACACCCUAUUUGUUCCUUUAUCGUCCAUCCCCCCACUAAGGUCUUAUUUUCCAGCUGAUCCUCUCAUAAGUCGCAUAUACUACAUCCAUCAAAAAGAUAUAAAUCACCACCUUCAAUCGAUUUCAAGUUUCAAUGGAAACCCUAAAAGAACCAAGCUUGUAUCGUUUAUUGCCUUUCUAUGGAAGAUAAUAGCAGAGUCUGAUGAUGACUUUACCACAUGCAAGAUGGGCGUUGUAGUUAAUGGGAGAGAAAGGUUAAAUAAGGUGAACUUUGAAAAACUAUCUAUGUUUUAUAGUGAUACUAACUCUUUUUCGAUGAAAAACUACUUUGGAAAUGUGCUUUCUAUCCCUUAUAGUGAGGCGAAGUCUGGGGAGCUUAAGGAAAUGCCACUCAGUCGAGUCGCUGACAUGGUCCAUGAGUUUAUGAGUCCGGCAAUGAAUGAGGAACACUUUAGGGGACUAAUUGAUAUGGUUGAGUUGCAUCGACCUGAGCCACUAGUUGCAAGGAUAUACACUAAAAUGGAAGAGAAUGAUGGUGAAGGCUUAGUCGUGUCAUCUGGUCAACGGUUUCCUGUGGAAAACAUUUAUUUUGGAUGGGGUAAGCCAAAUUUUGGGUCGUAUUAG